UUGGCCAAGUGUGUUGACGCAUACAAAGAAUUUGGUUCCAGCUGUUUGUGACUCUCAAAAGUACAGAUAUAAAUAACACUAUACUAUACAAAGUUGUUUUUUUAUUGUGAUGACUUCAAUUGUGAUAACGGCUUAAUUUUCUCGUGACCAUCGAAGCUAAUGUUGCUAAAUAAAACGACAUUUCCCAUGAUUGUGGUCCUCUCAUGAACCAUAGAUAUCUAUAAUAGAUGUCGCCUUGGGGUCCUAAAAGUGCAUCAAAACUGCCACUGUCUUUGUACAGGGGUCUUGUACUUCAAAUGCAUGCACGAUGCCAGACUUCUGUGCUGCGUUUGGUUGUUCAAAUGAACAAAAUCUAAAAACCAGACAGCGAGGGAUUACAUUUCACAGGUGUACACCGGUGCAUAAUGUCAAUGUUCAGCACAGGGGUUCUGGUUCUCACCUCCCCUCUUCACACCCUCCCCCUCCGCUUUGCUCCUGUCCUUAAAUCUGCUGCAAAACUGGUGGAGCACACCCUCCACGUUCAUCUCCACCCGGGUCUCAACCUGGAAACAGGCUGCGCGCCUCGCCCGAGCUUCAUUCCCCCGUCCGCGGAUCUCCCGGGCAUCAUAUCGCGCCUGUACAGCAAUGCGGCAGACAUCUGCGCUCACUUGGAUGUCCGGCUGCUCCUUGCUAACAUCGGUGCCCAGCAGGACUCGGACCUCGACCCUUUCCCCUCCCCUCAGAUGCUUUCUCAAUCUCCAGAGGUUGUCAUGACAGAUUUCCCCAUAAAGGACCCGGGGCAGAUGUCCAUGGUGGCUCGGUGCCUGCAGGUUUACACCGGAAACUGCUACGUGUGCUCGCCCAGCAUUUCCUCCGUCGUUUUGUGGCCACAGCUGAAGGAAGUGAUAGAAGAGGAGGAGGAUAGCUGGGAGAAAAACGAUCCGCAGCCUGUGGAGACCUACAGAGACCUGGUAGUGGGCGGAACCUUCGAUCGUUUACAUGGCGCACACCGGACCCUGUUGAAUAUUUGCUGCUUGAUGACGAACAGGCGUUUAUUGAUUGGAGUGUGCGACCAGGAACUGCUUAAAAGAAAGGUCUUGAAGGAGCUGAUCGAACCAUACAGCAGACGUGUAGAGAAGCUCAGAGAGUUCCUGAACGACGUAAAACCGUCCCUGCAGUACGAAAUCGUUCCUCUGUCUGACCCCUUCGGCCCAUCGGUCAGCGAUGCUGAGCUGCAGUGCAUCGUGGUCAGCGAGGAGACGAGGCGGGGUGGCGAGGCGGUCAACAGGAAACGAACAGAAAAUGGGCUAGCAGAGCUGGUGCUGUAUGAAAUUCCUCUGAUUAAAGAUGUACAUCACACAGACAUCGAGGAGGAGAAGAUCAGCUCAUCGAGCCUGCGCACUCGCCUGCUGGGCACGCUUCUCGUCCCUCCCACGCCUCGGCCCGCUCUCUCCCGGGUCCCGUACGUGAUCGGCCUGACGGGAGGCAGCGGGAGCGGGAAGAGCUCCGUCGCUCAGAGACUGGAAGGACUCGGAGCUGCACGGAUCGACGCAGACCAGCUGGGCCACGAAACCUACCAACCCGGCACGGCUGCCUAUCAGAGGAUAGUGCAGGAGUUUGGCACAGAUGUGGUGAAGGAGGACCAGACCAUUGACAGACGAGCCCUAGGGAGGAAGGUGUUCGGAAAUCAGGAACGGUUAAAAGCCCUAACUGAUAUUGUGUGGCCUGAGAUUGCGCUUCUUGUGAAAGAAAGAGUCCAGCAAGCUAAAGAAGACGGGAAGCGAGUGUGUGUGCUGGAUGCUGCUGUUCUGUUGCAGGCAGGAUGGACAGACAUGGUUCAUGAGGUCUGGGUGGCCGUUAUACCUGAGGAAGAGGCCAUGCGGCGUAUCGUGCAGCGGGAUGGGGUGAGUCAGGAGGAUGCACUGAGGAGAUUACAGAGUCAGUGGUCUAACAUCCAGCUGGUGGAGAGAGCUAACGUGGUCCUGUGUACACUAUGGGAGCCGGAUGUCACUCAGAGACAGGUAGAAAAAGCCUGGAAUUUACUUCAAGUCCGGAUACAGCAGGAAAAAAAAGAAGCUGGAUUUCAACCCUGAGACCACACACACACACACAGCCAUUGAACAGAGUUUUUUGCAGCAGAGUGUUUAAGAUCAAUUUGCUAGUGUUUUUCACCUGAUUCCCUUCUGUACAAAUCAACUAAGCCGCCUGAUAUUUUUUACCCCCCCUCAAAGUUACAGCCAGGUGUUUGCUGGCUCUACUCAAGGGCUGGUUGGGUGAAGAGAGGAAGUGUUUUUGGUUAAAAUAUCAGGGCUUAUUAGUUUUACUUCGUCACCCGAAUGCCACACAGCUGAUUGUAAAUCAGCAUAAAAUGGGUCAUGUGUUAUUUCUAGUUUUGUAUUGUGACUGAUUUCCCCAUCAUGAGGAAAACCCCUUUGAACAUUUAAACCUUUUUAUACAACAGAAGUCGUGACAUUACCGUCUGAAUCUCGUCCUUCAAACUGUGGACAGAUAAAAAGAGACACUACUGCUGUUUUUUAACGCGAUAUGCAGCGUCGUGAGAGCAGAACCGUUGUUCCGUUUCUCAUCCGGAGAGACCGAGGUGCGUUUAGCCGAGUCUCGUUUCCAGUCUGCCAAAGAGCCAAAAGUUAAACAGAGACAUUUUUCAGUUUUGGCUUCCGCAUCAUCUGGAAACGAAUCAGUGAACGGAGAGUAGAACAUUUAUAAUGUGAAUUAAAUUCUUUAUUAAAUAAAAAAAUUCUUUA